AUGGUAGCGCUCUCUCUCGUACUUCUGAGCAUUCUUGCUGCUCGCGGCCACGCACAGACGUAUUCAGCGACGUAUCUGCCGUCUAACGCGCCCGACCACACGCAGGACGGUCAGUAUGGCACCAACCAAUGCGGAACUCAGUCAAGCCAGGACUCUCUCUGCCAGAACGCGUACCUAAACUCGGUGGACGACUUCUGCGUCUACGCACCUCCAUAUUCGGGUUCAAACGCAACUAUCGGGGAUACAGAACGCGUUGAAGUCUCCUGGUGCUUACGGGAUGGCUACGGGACGCGUUUGAUUCCGGAUGGCACCAUCACCGGCGCGCACUUCGUCCAGACACCCGACUACAUUCAGAUCACCGGCGUCGGCGACCUGACGAAGCUGAACAUCCCCGCGGGCGACAGUGGUGGCGAGCUGGAUCCUCAUGGCGCUGACGGGAACGGAAACCCUAUCGGAGGUCUCGUGUUCUCGAACGCGUUCGGGCAACUCCAGCAGUUGCAUGAAUGGACAAACUACAUGUCUUCCACGGAGUUCUGCUUCCGGGCGUGCAAACCGGGUCCGGACGCGACGACGUACUGUCAACACAUCUACGACGUCAUGGGCUGCGAGUGGAACAUGCCUAGCGACUACGAUGCUGGUGUCUUCGAUCGCUGCGCGGGCGACAGCGGGGAGCCCAUGGGAGUGUACGGCACGUCAACCUGGAGGCAAGGCCGGUCGACGACUCCUUCAGCUCACCCGGCGCCUGCCACGUCAAUGUGCACCACGUACUCGUCCGUGAACAACAGCGUUCUCAUGGCGCGCAACCUCUCUGCGAACGCGACCUAUGCAAGUGCGACCGCUACGAACAGCUCUGCGACGCCCACCCUGACGCCGGUGACGAACUCGACGCAAGUAUCCGCAACGCCGCUACCCACCGCAACACACAUGACCAUCCCGGCGAGCAGCACCCCAAGCGCGACUGGCUACUCGAGGAAAGCAAGUGGGACUAUCGGCCGUGCUCACGUCGACGCUCUCUGGCAACUGCUCGUGGUCCUCGUGGCUGCUCUCGUCGGCAUGUCGUUCUGCUUCUGAGCUGGCUCGGGCUGGGACUUGGAAUAGAUCGGCUGGAGGCUCUGGACUGGACUCACUACUUAGCGCUGGCGCUGGCUUCACGGGCUCUAUCUGGGCAAG